UGAGGCACGAGGCUGAUAAUCGAGAACCUUAGAUUAUUUUAAUCUCUUCAAUUCAUACAGCAACCCUGGCAAGAUCGAAUCAUCAUCUGCUGCGCUCGUCAAGCUGCUAGCAUGCUGGGUCCAAAUGACGGAUAGACCAUCAACACAAGCCAUUCAACAAUGUCGAGAAUGCAAACGGCGCAAAGGCAAGUGCGACGGCAAGCUGCCAGUCUGCUCCAUCUGCCAGCGAUACAAAAGACAUUGUCUGUACGAUAAGCACAGUAGAUCACCUCUGACCAGAAAACACCUAACGGAGGUGGAAGAACAAUUGGAAAUAGCCAAAGCCCUGUUGAGGACCCGUUUCGGCGAUGCUCAGCUCAACCAGAUGCUUGCCCAUGGUGGCUCUGAUGGACAAGCUGUGACAGAAAACCUACCAGUUGCAUCAGACGAUGUGCCGCGAACAUUUGAUGCAAGCUCACAAUCCCCUGUCACACCCGCCAACAAUGCGCCAAACGACAGUGCUCCUUUUGAAAAUCUGCCCGCCGCCGACGAUGAUUUUGAGUGGGACGAGCGAGAGCAUUCAUCAAGCAGCAUCAAUCCCGAUGGCCAUUCGGCGGAUUUAACACAGGAACCGGAUCUUGAUCGCAUCACGGACGGGAUGGCAACCCUGACCGCCGACGAUUCCAACACUGGAUUUCUUGGUUCAGUGUCUGGAGCUGCGCUGCUUCGCCUCAUAUGGAUGGGCAACAAUGACACCGAAGGAACAGGUGAUAAGCUUGAUACAAGGAACGAGCGUCGAGACGGUCUUGAACGAGUCUUCGCCGAUCGUCCUGAAGUUCGUCUGUCUUCUUCGUUGUCGCUACAAUCUCAACCCCAAGUCACUCGACUCGUCGCCGAUACCCUGGUCGACGCCCACUUCAAGCUAUACCAUACAGCCUUUCCCAUCCUUCAUGAACCAUCCUUCCGCGAGCAAUACUCGAAACUAGAUGGCCGACCAGGCACAACCACAUUCCAUAUCCUGGCGCGACUUGUUGCCGUCCUUGGUGCCUUUGUGUCCGGAACUGGCACCGAUGAAUUUCACGCCACCUUGUUCAAUACCGUUAAAGCAGACUUGACCAUUGGCUCGCUAGAGACAGGAAACCUCGGUCUUGUGCAAGCCUUUGCCCUGGCUGCAAACUAUUUACAGAAAAGGAAUCGACCGAACAGCGGCUAUAUUUAUGGAGGUAUAGCCGUACGACUGGCUGUCUCGCUCGGUCUACACAAGGACUUUCAUGGCCGACAUGCCACUCCAUUCAAGCAGGAAGUACGUCGGAGAGUCUGGUGGUCCCUAUGUGUGUUGGAUGUUGGUGCAACAGUGACCUAUGGACGACCCCUCAAUUGGCCUCAAGUUGGCGUUGAAACAGCUUUUCCCCGUAACAUCCACGAAAAGGACCUCGAACCUAUGUCGCCUUCGUUCCCCCCCGAAUUGCACGAAGUUACAGUAUACACCUACCUCCGCACACAAUCAUUAUAUCACCUCCGCACUAUGCGAAUUUACAACCGUCUUAUCUCCAGCCCUCUGCCUUCAGCAGCCGAAGUGAUCUCGCUUGACGACGAGCAUAUCGAAGGUUGGCGAAAGAGUCUCCCUCCAUACUGGAACGACCGAGACCUGCCCCUCGAGUAUCUCCUCGGCCAUUAUAUCAGUCGAUUGCGUUUCCGACUUCUUCGAAUUAUCAUGUAUCGACCCUUCUUGAUCCGGUGGGCACAGAAUGGCUUCAGCUCAAUCAGAACCGAAGACUCGGCCACCGAAAGAAUCGCCAUUACCCGUUGUUUUGCAGCUGCAACAGAAUCCAUCUCCUGCGUUUACUAUUUCUGGUCAACAGGCAGGCACACAAGAUUGGCUGCUUGGUAUACACUAUACUUCCUCCUACAAGCCGCACUCAUCCCGAUCCACUGUCUCCGCCGCAACCCAUCACACCCCGAAGCACCCUCGUGGCGCGAACAGGUCGUUACAUCCUUGAAUAUUAUCGACGCCAUGACAGCUCUCAACCCGAGUGCCACCAAAUGUCGAGACAUCAUCCAACGGCUUUGCGGCGAAAGUCUCCAUUUGCACCAAUCGUAUGGACAGGGCCGAGAUCAACCACAACCAGUACCUGUGAUAUCGCUCAACUAUCCUACCGAAGAAGAUUUUGCAAAUGCGAAUGAUUUUGACUUCUCCGCUCUCGAAUACUCGCACGCUGGCAUCAACCCAUGGGACAUUGAGGUUGACGCCGCGGUCGAUGGGUACAAUAACUACGUCCAAAGUCUGAGCAAUAACGUGGCGAUGGCAGGGACAGGUACCGCAUCAGUGAAUCAGAAUGCAGGAACAGCUAGCACCACAAUGUAUAAUACCGACGACAAGGAAACUGGCACAGGCGUGCCUGACUGGGAAUGGGGUCUUUCUCAUGGGACAUGAAUGAAGAAGUUAUGACUGUAUUGGCGAACACACUGAGAUAUCACUUUAAAUUUUUGCGACAAAUCUAAGUAUUCAUUGGAAAGGUCUACUUUUGAAUCUUACGGUCUAAUCCCUUGAAUACAUUGUCCGCACCCCACAAGCCAGUCAUCACGUCCAAACGACGAUCUUGACGAGCCCUCGUUCAAAAGAGCCCAU